CUUUUCAAGUACUUCUUUCCAAGUUCUCUCAUUUCAUUAUAUGCUUUGCUUCCACCAAACUCUCUCUAUCUCCAUCUCUAAAAAGCAAAGCAAAGCAAAGCAAAGCAGAGCAGAGCAAACAAACACAAAACAGAAGCAUUGAAACUAGAGAUCAUGGGGAGGCUUGCACCAUUGUCAGAAGAGCCCAACAUCAACGAAGAAGAAGAGGCCACAAACCGAUCAAGCAAAGGCAUUCUGCGCAGCACUCAGACAUGGAGGAACUGGAUCAAAACCCACCUCUCCUCCCUUGCGCUCUUCAACAAGAGGUCUGAUUUCAAGGUUCUUCUCAGUGUUCUUGGUUGCCCUCUUUUUCCUGUCUCUGCUCACCCCAAACUGCCCCUCAAUGAGGUGUCCUCUACUGCACAGUACAUAAUACAACACUUCACAGCUGCCACUGGUUGCCGCAAGCUGGAAGGCAAAGUCAAGAACAUUUUUGCAACCGGGAAAGUGAUCAUGGCAAUGGUGGAUGAACCCGGCCCUGGCGGCGCCUCAGCUUCGGCCACCGCCACACUUUCGGAAAAAGGGUGCUUUGUAAUGUGGCAGAUGGUUCCUAAUAAGUGGCUGAUUGAGCUAGUUCUGGGUGGUCACAAGGUAGCAGCUGGUAGCGACGGCAAUGUCGCUUGGCGCCACACGCCGUGGCUAGGCGUGCACGCUGCCAAAGGCGGUGUUCGUCCUCUCCGGCGAGCUCUCCAGGGACUAGAUCCAAUGGCAAUAUCAGCUGUAUUUUCCCCGGCACAGUACAUGGGGGAAAAGCAAAUCUCCGGGGUUGACUGCUUUGUCUUGAAAUUGUCAGCUGAUCAAACGGACCUAACUGAACGAAGUGAUAGCACAGCAGAGAUGAUCAAACAUGUAAUAUUUGGCUACUUCAGCCAAAGAAAUGGGCUGCUUGUGUACUUAGAGGACUCUUACUUAACCAGGAUCCAAUCACCUGGAGCCUACCCUACCUACUGGGAGACCACAAUGUCAACGAAAAUUGAGGACUAUCGAACGGUGGAGGGCGUGAUGAUCGCGCACGCCGGUCAGACGAAUGUGAUCAUCACACGGUUCGGGGACAAUCUAAAGACGGGGGCGGCGAUCACUCGGUUGGAAGAAACAUGGACCAUUGAUGAUCUUGCAUUCAACGUCCCUGGCUUGUCCAUGGAUUGCUUCAUUCCUCCUAAAGAAGUACAGAAAGAUUACCCUAAGAACAACUUUGAUUGGAGAUCACCGUUGCAUUGAUGAUGAUGUUUGACCUCCCAAAUGGCUAUAUGAUAUCCAUGCCUCAUGUGAGAUUGACAGUCGAAUAUAUUUUUGACUCUUCUCAUACAAAGGAUUAAGUGUAGAUAAAGUUAUUCUCAAACAUAUAUGCUCUUUCUUUUAUAUAUCUUUAUUUUUAUUUUACUUUAGGAAAGAUCAUCGGAUGUACAAAGGUCUUGAGAUAAUCGUACACCUUUGACUUUUACUAGUAAUGUGAAGACUAAAUGCAAUAGAUUUGGGAGUUUAUGAGAGA